UCGCAUUUGGAGUUAAGUUGGCAGGGCUGGCAUUCGGUCUUGCUUCGCCAAAAAAAAAUUUACAUUAAAAUUUGUAAAAUCUACGAAAACUUACAAGUGCAGGCUAUUAGUGAGGCUAUUUGUGCACACAAACACUCGCAAAAGUUGCCUUCACCACGGUCCCCACACUGUUCACCCGAAAUUGCAUUGCUGCGUGUUCUAGUUGGUGGUGUAAGCAGCAUAAACGAUCGAACGACUAUACGACCGCCAAAGGAAGCACCCUCCGCCCGCCCACGCCAGCAGUAGUAGGCAACCGACAAUAACAAAAACGGCGUUGUAGCAACCUUUAAGCACCCCCUGCACAGGCAAUAUAGUAAACAAAAGGCAACCAACAAAACAAACUUGCAAACAUGGACGUGUUUCUAAUGAUCAGAAGGCAAAAGACAACCAUCUUUACGGAUGCAAAGGAAAACACAUCAGUUGUUGAACUGAAACGCAUGAUCGAAGGCAUCUUGAAAGUGCCACCAGGCGAUCAGCGAUUAUAUAAUCAGGACAACGAUAUCAUGGAGGACGAUAACACGUUGCAGGACUACGGCGUUACAGUAUCAACGGCAAAGGCGCAAGCUCCGGCGCAACUGGGCUUGAUGUGCAGGAACGAGAUGGGUGAUUUUGAGACGCUUGACAUCACACCGUAUUCAGCACCGCCGGAUUUGCCCGAAGUGAUGAAGAAUCAAGAGGCCUCAAAUGGACAGGAACAAGUCGCAUAAAAUGAUCAAGUCAAAAAUCAUUAACAACAGCAGCCAAACAAACUAUAAGAAUCGUUGAUCGCUGCUGCUGCUGCUGAAUGCGAGACAAAACUAAAUGUUGAGAGUCAAAUUUUUACUAUCGCUCGCUUGUCCUCAUCCCCCUUCAAAACCAACAACCCACAACCACCCAUCAUACAAAGUCAACUCUGUCGAUGCAAUGCAAAAUGUUUCGAAUUGUACUAAAAUUUCUACUCUGCCUGGUCAAAUAACAACAACUUCAACUUCAACUACAACUACAACAAAACAAGAAGAAAAAAAAACUAAACAAAACAAAACAACAGCAAAAAUAGCAAAUUGAAUGCAUUUUUUUCGUUGAUUAUAUUAUAGCAAGGAACAAUUUAAUUAAUAUUAUACAAAAUUGUCAUUUGGAAUGGGAUUUAUUGACCUUAUUUAAUUAAUCACCCAUUUGGUUGUUUCUUAUGAAAUUUGUACGAAUUUGUUUAAGAAGAAAAAUAACUAAAAUAUUUCACAAAAA